AUGUCUUUCUGUCGGUUCUUUGGUGCUGAGAUCUACAAGGAUCAUUUCAAACCAGGAAUGUACGUGUGCUCCAAGUGUAGCCAUCCCCUGUUCUCCAGUCGCUCCAAGUUCCCCCACUCGUCUCCCUGGCCGGCUUUCAACGACACCAUCAGGGAGGACAGUGUCACCAAGAUGAUGGAGUCGCUCACAGCCUUCAAGGUCCUGUGCGGCAAGUGUGGCAACGGGCUGGGCCACGAGUUCGUGAAUGACGGUCCAGAGGAGGGAGUGUCGCGCUUUUGA